UAUGUUUAGACGUAAUUUCUGGUGGGGAAAAAAUACAUAUGCAUACGCACAGUAUAUGGCUGCCGAUAUGUUAGUGAUCUAAAUAUGGCUUUUGACAGCAGGGGGAAGAUUUCGUCAUGGCUGCCUCCUCGACAUAAAUAAAGAGAAACGCUAUUUGUCAGCAGCAGCAGCAGCAGCAGAAGAGCAGGAAGCAGUGAGGCGACCGCAGAGCAGACUGCUGCACACGAACAGCCAAAGAAAGAUGACUUCCUAAACACAGAGAUUCCGCUAGCAGACUAGAGGACGCUAAAAGACAUUCACAUCUUACACGACGGAGCUCGGGAAGGUGAGAAAUGGAGAAAUGGCAGCAUUCGUCGGGUUCAGAGAGUCCGGUGCUGCCGCCUGUCCCGCGUAAACCGAGGAACCUCGGAGGAGCAAUCCCUGCACCUCGACAAGACGGCGUGGAUUCAUUAGACAGUCCUACUGGAUCUCAUGUGGAGUGGUGUAAACAGCUGAUAGCGGCCACCAUCUCCAGCCAGAUCUCUGGUGGUGUCCCUCCAGAAGCCAUUACUCGUGAAUGCAAGGCUGGGAAGAAGAUAGAUUUCAAGGUAUCCAGGAGGCCAAACUUGAGGCAGGUUUUCAAGGAUGUACGAAGGCAGGUGCACAUGGAUGAAGUCCCACUGGUCCCUGGAGAGACAAUCAAAACCACUGUUAAAGAUGUGAUGUAUAUCUGUCCUUUCACUGGAGCUGUGACCGGCACACUCACUGUCACAGACUACAAACUCUACUUUGUCAGUCUAGAACGGGACACACCGUUAAUAUUGGAUGUGAACCUGAGUACCAUCAGCAGGUUGGAGACUAUCAGUGUACAGAGUCUUGGGGAGAAUACUAGUGGCAUGGAAAUCGUCUGUAAGGAUAUGAGGAGUCCGAGGUUUGCUUAUAAAAAGGAAGAACAGAGUAACCUGGAGAUUUUGGAGGUGUUGACCAAGUAUGCCUUCCCCCUGUCCAAUGAGCUGUCCCUAUUCGCCUUCCAAUACAAAGAGCAGUUUCCAGAGGAUGGAUGGAAGGUUUAUGAUCCAGUGGCAGAAUAUAAAAGAAUGGGUUUGCCAAACGAGAGCUGGACCAUCAGUAAGAUCAACAGUAAUUAUGAAGUGUGUGACACUUACCCUGCUCUGCUCGUCACCCCAACCAGUAUUAAGGAGGAUGAGAUCAAACGAGUGGUCUCUUUCAGAGUAAAACAUCGCAUACCAGUCCUCUCAUGGAUCCACCCAGAAACUCAGGCCACUAUAGUUCGCUGUAGUCAGCCCAUGGUGGGCCCGACAGACCGCCGGUGUAAGGAAGAUGAACGUUACCUCCAGGCCAUCAUGGAUGCCAAUGCACAGUCCCAUAAACUCACCAUAUUUGAUGCUCGACAGAGCAUUGUGGCUGAUAAUCACAAGGCUAAGGAUGGAGGUUAUGAGAAUGAAAAUUUCUAUCCUAACAUGGACCUGAAUUUCCUGGAGAUCCCAAACAUUCAUGUUAUGAGAGAGUCUCUGCGUAAGCUGAAGGAGGUGGUCUACCCUACCAUCGACGAUCCACACUGGCAUUCAGCCAUAGAUGCCACACACUGGCUGCAGUACAUACGGCUUUUGCUUGUGGGUGCAGUGCGGAUUGCAGAUAAGGUUGAGUCGAGUAAGAGCUCUGUGGUGGUGCACUGCAGUGACGGCUGGGACCGCACAGCUCAGCUCACCUCUCUGGCCAUGCUGAUGCUGGAUUCAUACUACAGGACUCUCAGGGGCUUCCAGGUGCUGCUGGAGAAGGAAUGGAUCAGCUUCGGACACAAGUUUGCUGCGCGUGUUGGUCACGGAGAUGAAAAUCAUGCAAACUCUGAGCGCUCGCCUCUAUUUGUGCAGUUCAUAGACUGUGUUUGGCAAAUGAUGAGACAGUUUCCCACUGCCUUUGAGUUUAAUGAGCUCUUCCUCAUCAUUAUCCUGGAUCACCUCUACAGCUGUCUGUUUGGUACAUUCCUUUACAACAGCGAACAGGAGCGAGUGGAAAAGGAAGUGAACAGUAAAACGGUGUCUUUGUGGUCCUACAUCAAUACCCAGCCAGAGGACUUCACCAACCCCUUCUAUGUGGACUAUGAAAACCAUGUUCUAUACCCUCUGGCCAGUCUCAGACAUUUGGAGCUCUGGGUUGGAUACUACGUACGCUGGAACCCCCGCAUGAGACCACAGAUGCCUGUGCACCAGAACCUGAAGGAGCUGCUGUAUCUUCGUGCAGAGCUACAGAGGAAGGUGGAGGAGUUACAGAAAGAAGCAUCUUCAUCACGUUCGAUCUCCUCUUCAUCAGAGCAUGCGUAUUCUCCUUCAAAUGGCGGUACACCUCUACACACCUCUGUGUAAAGUACAUGCAACACUCACAUUAGGGAAUUCAUCAUUAACAGAAUGUGUAGGUUACAGUAAACAUAGUAAUGUGAAGUCUAUUGGUCGUUUCUCACUGGAUAAUGCUUUGGGCAAGAUGUAGCUAUAGAGGCCCAGUACAUACACUUGUGAAAACUUGCAUGAACACCCAAAAAAAGGACAGUCUCCCACACAAUUCAGGUUCAUUUCGUUUGUGUGGAACUGCUCUUAUAGACUGAUAACCAGGAAAGCGUUUGAUCGUAAUUGAGUUUAUAAAAAAUAUGCCAGUAUUUUCACUUGCUUUUAACUUGACUUGUAAUUAUUGACACAAGUUUUAAUAAUUUAUUUGUGUGUAGUCAGGGUAGUAUGAGCAUCUUUUUUUAUCUCACAGCAUUUCUGUAGUUUUUGUGUAAUAGUUUUUCAUUACUUUUUUUUUUACUCAUUUUUUUUUUUUUGAAUUGCUAUUGCUUUUGCGAUACUGCCAAUUUGAAGCCACAUACUGUUUUUGUUUUUCUGUAGCACUUGUUGGUAGGAAAGUGGAAUUGGGUUUUAAUGUGCACACCCUACUACUGCACUACUUCUGUACUUUCAUGUACUACUGAAAUUAAUGUUUACACAAGGUAAAUAGGGACCGUCUUAUAUGUAUAUAUCCACUCAUUAUUGAUUAAGCAAGUGCAAAUAAUUUUUUUUUUUAUCUGUGAAUCGCUCCCAUAUUUAAGCCAUUCCUAUUUAAUUGGAAUCCUGUGUUUUGACAUUACAAAUGGUCAACAGUUCAGAUCAUUUGAACAGGGGAUGCCAUAUAAUGUUAAAACAAAUUAUAUGUAAUAAUCAUUAUGCACCUUAAAAUGAAUAUA